UGCUAACAGUCGAACGGAGGCAGCCCGGGUUACCAAGGAGACGUAUCGCUAGCUCCCAGGUUAGCUGAACAGCCGGAGCUAACCGUUAGGCUAGCCGUUACUCGAGGAGUGAAAAGAAGAAUUGGAGAGCCGCAUGUUCUGGUUAAAGCGGACAGUUGUAAAAUGGCAGAGCUUCACAUUAUAGGACAGAUUAUCGGGGCCAGCGGCUUCCCGCAAAAUAGUCUAUUUUGCAAAUGGGGAGUUCAUACGGGAGGAGCAUGGCGUCUUCUCUCCGGAAUAAAGGAGGGACAGACUCAGGUGGACAAUCCUCAAACCGGAGACAUGGCCUACUGGAGUCACCCGAUUGAUCUGCACUACGCGACCAAAGGUCUCCAAGGCUGGCCCAAGAUCUAUUUGCAGGUAUGGCACCAGGACUCGUUCGGUCGCUGCCAGCUGUACGGGUACGGAUACUGCCACGUUCCUUCCAGCGCGGGACAUCACCGGAUAAGCUGCGUGACCUGGAGGCCGCUCGGCUCCUGGCAAGAGCAGCUGGCCCAAAUGUUUGUCGGGGGAGGUCCCCAACUCCGGAACCCCGACCUGAUAUACAGCGGAGCGGACAGAUACAGACUGCACACCGAAACUAUGGGGACUGUGGAGCUGGAGCUGGGAAUCAUUAUGAGACACUUUGACAAAUAUGGCGUCGAGAGCUGAGACUCUUGAACAAACUUUUGAACAUUUAUCAUAGAGUGCAUGUUGUUGAGGCAAGAGCUAUACAAAACAAACCCUAAAAAGAAGUUUGUACACUUUUUUUUUUUUUUUUUUACAUCUAUCCUCUUCACGUUUUUAUACGUGAUAAUAAACUAUUGUUGAUAAAGAUGAUUUCAUAC